CGGGUUCCACGUGUGGACCGAGAAACCUGACGUCGCUCUGAGCAAGGGACGUACGGUAGCGUGGGCUGAAAAGUGCUUAUUCUCUUGAUGCCGGAGGAGUCAGUGCUGCGAGUGGGCUGUACGCGAGAGAGUGGCGAGAGCGCAUCAGUCAACUCCACUGCGCCCGAGUUCACUUUGAGCAUCAAUUGCGCGGAGCAGGACAAGGAGGCGGCGGCGGAGCGGAACAUGGGAAGGCAAAAGCGGUGCCCGCUCGCAGCUGCUCGUUUCCAGCGGGACGGGACCGCGGCGGCGUCGCUGCUGUGACCUCCUACCUGAUCUCGUUCACCUCUGGAAAACUUUACGCGGCUUUAGAGAUGGAGAUAUUCACUUUGAUUUUGCCAGCCCUGUUACUCCUGUCUAUCGAACGGAGCAAAUUCACCAGGGCGAUGAUGAGUGACAUUGGGGACUAUGUAGGUACAGACAUUGAAAUAUCCUGGUUACCUAAUCUGGAUGAUUUAAUGAAGGGGUAUGCACGCAAUUUUCGCCCUGGGAUAGGAGGCCCUCCAGUGAAUGUAGCUAUGGCUAUUGAAGUAGCCAGCAUCGAUCACAUCUCAGAGGCUAACAUGGAGUACACCAUGACCGUGUUCCUGCGGCAGAGUUGGAGGGACGACCGCCUGUCUUACAACCACACCAACAAGACGUUGGGGCUGGACAGCCGCUUCGUGGAUAAGCUGUGGCUGCCGGACACCUUCAUUGUCAACGCCAAGUCAGCCUGGUUCCACGAUGUGACCGUGGAGAACAAGCUCAUUCGGCUGCAGCCGGACGGAGUCAUCCUCUACAGCAGCCGAAUCACCUCAACAGUGGCCUGUGACAUGGACCUGACCAAAUAUCCUAUGGAUGAACAGGAGUGCAUGUUGGACCUGGAGAGCUAUGGCUACUCCUCGGAGGACAUUGUGUACCACUGGUCCGAGAGCCAGGCGCAUAUCCACGGGCUGGACAAGCUGGAGCUGUCCCAGUUCACCAUCACAGACUACCGAUUUGUCACAGACACUAUGAACUUCAAAUCUGCUGGACGCUUUCCCCGGCUGAGCCUGCGCUUCCAGUUGAGACGGAAUCGGGGCGUCUACAUCAUUCAGUCCUACAUGCCUUCCAUCCUAUUGGUUGCUAUGUCCUGGGUGUCCUUUUGGAUCAGCCAAUCAGCUGUGCCUGCAAGGGUAUCACUAGGAAUCACCACGGUCCUGACCAUGACGACCCUGAUGGUCAGUGCCCGUUCGUCCCUCCCCCGAGCGUCUGCCAUCAAAGCCCUGGAUGUGUACUUCUGGAUCUGCUACGUGUUUGUGUUUGCCGCCCUGGUGGAGUACGCCUUCGCCCACUACAACGCUGACUACAACCGCAAGCAGAGGGCCAAGAUCAAAGCCAACAAGCUGAGCUCAGAGUCCAUCGUGAAAAACGGGAAGCAGGCCAUGGUCCUGUUCUCCCUCUCGGUGGCGGGCAUGAACCAGGGCCUGAUGGUCUCCAAUCGACAGGGCCGGGCGCAGAGGUCUGCCCAGGCCUCCGGCGAGUCCGAGGAGGUGGAGAACGGGAAGACCAAAGGCAAGAAGGCGGCGGAGGGGAGCGAGGAGAAGAAGAGCAGCCUCAAGUCCGUCUUCAAGCCCAUUGACGCCGACACCAUCGACAUCUACGCCAGGGCCGUCUUCCCAGCAGCCUUUGCGGCCGUCAACGUCAUCUACUGGGUGGCGUACACCAUGUGAGCGGACCUGGGGACCGCACGGGUGGCACUUUUCCACUGGGGAUGUGUGCACACAGACGAUUUGGAACAACUGUAGCAGUCAAAUUCCUUGACUUAUUUACAGGGCACCUGUCCCUGAAGCAAGCUUUGAGAUAUAAAACGAUUCAGAAAUCUCUAAAGGGAUAGACACAAUCUCUAUACUGUAAAAUGUCAUGUAAUGGCUGGGGAACAGCAGCCCUGGAAUGUGAAGUGAACUCUCAGCACUCAUUGGACAGCGUGGGUCACCUGACCCCUCCCUCUGACUCCUACAUCCCAUAAUCUCAUCUCAGUCAGUCUUGGACAGCCUUUACUCCUCCAGCGGUGAGGACGGCAGUCUGCCUUGUUAAAGAAUGGUGAAGGCAAACAAGAGGGAAAAAAAACACACUGUCGUUUUUAGCAUUGUUCUGUAUGUUUGAAGAUGUGAGAAAGUUACCUUCAAAAAACGAGCGCAACAAAAGUAGAGCUGCCAAAUGCCGAAUGAUCAAAAUAAUGUACGUUAGUCUGCAUGGCUGUUACCCCUCCUAGUUCUUUCCUCCCAGCGCACAAUCCCCCACCGUUUUUUUCUCCUCUUUUAACUCCUCCGCCUUUUCUGUUCACUUUAUUUUGAUUUUAUACGUGGGGCUUCUUAUCACUUCCUACCAGUCCUGCCUGUCUCUAGAUUAUUAAAAGCAGUU